UCUCAUUAAUCUUGAAUAUUAUAUAAUAUAAUGUUAAUAAUAAUGCAAUUUCAUUAUUGGUUCUUCAAAUACACCCCCUUUUCCUUCCUUCUAAAAUGGUUCUCAUCUCAUAUUCUUUUUUGAUUGAUUUGAGCUUAACCCAUAAAUCUGAAAAACACUAAAAUCCAUCUCCUAAAUCAGUUCAAGUAUUGCCCUUUUUGAAGUUGAAAUAUUUUCAAUUUUUCUUUGAAUUCAGAUUAUUAAUCAAUGGAGGGCUCUGCUAAUGAACGCCUUGAUUUUGGGAAGAUGGGUUAUGGAUGUCAGCAUUACAGAAGAAGGUGUAUGAUUAGAGCUCCUUGUUGCAACGAAAUAUACCCUUGUCGCCAUUGCCACAAUGAUGCCACUAGCAUGUUGAGAAAUUUCAUCGACCGGCAUGAACUAAAUCGAUAUGAUGUAAAGCAAGUUGUAUGUUCUGUCUGUGACACUGAGCAACCAGUGGCACAAGUCUGCACAAACUGUGGAGUCAAAAUGGGGGAGUAUUUCUGUGAGAUUUGCAAGUUCUUUGAUGAUGAUACUGAUAAAAUGCAAUUUCACUGUGAUGAUUGUGGGAUUUGUAGGGUUGGCGGCCGUGAGAACUUCUUCCACUGCAAGAAGUGCGGAUCUUGCUACUCUGUAGCUUUACGAAACAAUCAUAUGUGCGUAGAGAAUUCAAUGCACCAUCACUGUCCCAUUUGUUACGAGUAUCUUUUUGACUCACUGAAAGACACCACUGUGUUGAGAUGUGGGCAUACAAUGCAUUAUGAAUGCUACGAUGAGAUGGUGAAACGUGACAAGUAUUGCUGCCCUAUAUGCUCAAAAUCAGUAAUAGACAUGUCUAGAACCUGGAAGAGAUUAGACGAGGAGAUUGAAGCAACCACCAUGCCAGAGGAUUAUCGUAACAAGAAGGUUUGGAUUCUUUGUAAUGACUGCAAUGAUACAACAGAGGUGUACUUUCACAUCAUAGGCCAGAAAUGCAGGCAUUGCUACUCUUAUAACACCCGGCUAAUUGCACCGCCAGUCCUUCCUUAGAUGUCCGAGAAUAAGCAUGGCCAUUGCAUUUGCUCGAUAAUCCCCUUUUCUCCAUUCAUUUAGUUCUUCAUUGGGUAUAUUACUGUGCAAAUUAAUCACUGAUUUGCACCAUUCAUCAUGAUUUGGACAAAUUAAGUCUAAACUUUAUUGUUCAGCCUGUAAAUUUAGUCGAAAGUAGACACAUACAGGCUGCAGUGAAGAUGAUGGCUUCUUUUUAAACAUCCUUGUAUUUGACCGUUAAUCAUAUCAUUCUAAGACUAUUCUUGGUCUUUCCGAGUCUACAACAAUUGUCUCAGUUGGAGUAUAUACUGAAUUUCUUAAGAGGAAUUGAAUUUUAAUUUUCGCUGCCUCUUUUCCGAACUAUUAACCUAUUCAUCGGUUGGUUGAUUGGCAUGAGCAUGAAAUUAAUUAAUAAUUGAUAAGAUUUUUAUUGAUUGUUUUAUGGUUUUAAAAUGGACAUGUAAAAGACAAUUGAAAGUUAAAUUAAUGAAAAUUGUAAUAUGGUACUUCUAGUAAUGGUUGUUGCGAUUGAAUGUGAAAAAUUUUAU